AUACGCAGAGUUUGUCCAAACACACAGACCUUCUGCAGAAAACAUGUUUGAAUUUGAUGAGGACGAGCAGUUCUAUGUGGACCUGGAUAAGAAGGAGAAUGGCCUCUCCCAGAGUUCAUUCAUGCCUUUGACUAUGAUGCUCAGAGAGGCAUUGCUGACAUUGUCGUGGCGAGGAGGAACUUGAUCUCUAUGAUCCAACGGUCCGGACACACCCGGGCCAUACAUGACCCCCCCCGAGGUGACCGUGUUUCCCAAAGAGCCUGUGGAGCUGGGCCAGCCCAACAUCCUCAUCUGCCACGUGGACAAGUUCUUUCCACCCGUGCUCAAUCUCAAUAUCACGUGGCUGCGCAAUGGACAGCCAGUCACUGAGGGUGUCGCUGAGACCAUCUUCCUGCCCAGCACUGAGUUCCUGUUCCAUAAGUUCCACUACCUGCCCUUCCUCCCCAUGGCCGAGGACGUCUACGACUGCAAGGUGGAGCACUGGGGCCUGGACCGGCCACUCCUGGAGCACUGGGAGGCUCAGGAGCCAACCCAGCUGCCUGAGACGAUGGAGGCCGUGGUUUGUGCCCUGGGCUUGGCGGUGGGCUUGGUGGGAGUCAUUGCUGUCAGCCUUGCCCUGCAGGCCAGGCCGUCUGACAGCAUCCCUGGGCUCAGGGGCCCCCAUGAGUCAUCCCAGAGGGGUGACAGCCUUUCUGUGUCAGAAGAGGACAUGGGGGAGUCUCCAGCCUCAGGUGUAUUUAAAACUCCAGCCCCAGCUUUCCUUCAAUCUCUGCUUCUCGAGGUCAACGACGAUGCCCCCGGGGAGCUCUCCAGUUCCUGCUGUCUGUGCUCCUUCCACACCUGCAUUUGACAACGGGCCUGACACAUGCAAAGGUCUCAGUAAAUGCUGACAUUCGAGGUGUGGUAACAAGGCGACCCCACACUGU